AGCGAAGCCCGGUCUCCGGGUAAGAUGGCAGCGGACGGACAGUGCUCGCUCCCCGCUUCAUGGCGGCCGGUGACCCUCACCCACGUCGAAUAUCCUGCAGGUGAUCUCUCCGGCCACCUCCUCGCCUGCCUGAGCCUCGGCCCCGUGUUCGUCAUUGUUGGUUUCGUGACGCUCAUCAUCUUCAAGCGGGAACUGCACACAAUCUCUUUCCUCGGGGGCCUGGGCCUGAACGAGGGGGUCAACUGGCUGAUCAAACACGUCAUCCAGGAGCCACGGCCCUGUGGAGGCCCCCACACAGCGGUGGGCACGAAGUACGGGAUGCCCUCGAGCCAUUCCCAGUUCAUGUGGUUCUUCUCUGUCUACUCCUUCCUCUUCCUGUAUUUAAGAAUGCACCAAACCAAUAAUGCCAGGUUUCUAGACCUGCUGUGGAGGCACGUGCUGUCUUUGGGGCUCCUCACUGCGGCCUUUCUGGUCUCCUACAGCAGGGUCUACCUGUUGUACCACACCUGGAGCCAGGUGCUGUAUGGGGGCAUCGCUGGAAGCCUCAUGGCCGUUGCCUGGUUCAUCUUCACUCAGGAGGUCCUCACCCCACUGUUCCCCAGGAUAGCAGCCUGGCCCAUCUCCGAGUUCUUCCUGAUCCGAGACACGAGCCUCAUCCCUAACGUGCUCUGGUUUGAGUACACAGUGACCCGGGCAGAAGCCAGGAAUAGACAGCGCAAGCUGGGGACAAAGCUGCAGUGACCUCCACAUCUGGGCCGUGUGAUGCCUUGCAAGGUGGACAGCAUGACAGAGGGACGAAGCAGAGACCUCUACAGACCCAAGUCACCAAGCGGAGCCUUUUUGUUUUCUUAAUUUUCAUUUUAAUGAACGAGGUGGACCAAAGGGCUGAGCCAGCCCCUCAGCCAGGACCCUGGGAGAGCCUGCUGCCCCGGGCCACAUGGCCAGAGACCUUGCUGUGUUGCCGCCAGUCCCUGGCAGGGUGAAGCGUGCCCUUGGCACAGGCACCAGGGUGUGGGGAGAACAGGGCUUGCACCUCUGGGCUUGGGGCUGGGAGCUCCAGGGGGUGUGAGACACACACACUAUUUAUUGUUUUGUAAAAGGCAGGAGGGGUUUGGAGAAGGGCCUGGGAGAGCCGGUGCGCGAUGGCUCUGUGUGCAGAGGGACCUUCCUGCCGCUGUCCCAGAAGCUCGGUGUUUCCCUGACAGCAGGGCUGGAGCUAGCAUGCGGCUGGCGGCUGCCGUGAUUGUGUUCUUCCCCAGUUCCCCUGACCCCACAAGGGCUUCCUCUGGUCCCCCAUCCUGACAGCUGUCCCUUUCUGACAAAAGAGCCUGCACAUGUGGGUACACACACCCAGGCUGUUUACAGCUCUUUUUUGUCCCACCAGUAGUAGUCCUCUUCCGGCUGAACAAAUGCCAGGGGCCAGAGCCGGCGAGCCCCACCUUCCUUGUAUGAGCAGAACUUGUCCUUGUCCCUGACUGGGGACCUGUUUGGGACCACCCUCGGGCCUGGGACUGUGUGCCCAGGAAGGCACCUAAGGGACCUGUAGGUCACUGUGGUGCUUGUGGGCAGAUGCACUCCUCAAGUGUCCAGAACUGCGCCUGGCCCCGUGGACCCGUGUCUGAUGCCCCCUUUUCUUUGUGGAGGUUUCUAACCUGCUGCUGAAGCACAAUUUUUUGGUGCUUUCUUUUCUCAUUUGUUCAAGGCAGUGUCCAAAGCCAUUCUAGAUGCCAGGAUCAGGGCUGAUUUCUAGGGAGGUAGGUCAGUGCCCAUGUUUCCCUCCCCUCCCCUUAGGAUUUUUAUUUUGUACUUUCUUGCCUGAGAUAAGCCAAGAGUGAGGUGGUUUGAUUUCAGAAAAAAAAAAAAAAAAAAAAAAAAAUCAAUGAAAUUGUUUACUAUUGUUUUAAAAUAAAAUCUUAAACUCUGAUGGCUGCAGUAUGUGCUGGCUAAGCCCAAGAGACGGUGCAAUCAAGACCAUAAAAUUAGAAGCCUCUCUCCAAGGUAUCUAGUCCUGGCCGGAUGUGAGGCUGCACACUCCUAAUUCCAAAGUUUUGGGAGGCUGAGGCAGGAGGAUGGUAAGUUCAAGCCCAGGUUGGGUAACCUGGUAAUGAGACCCUGUCUGAGCAAGUAGAAAGGGCUGGCAACGUAGCUCAGUGCUAAGCCCUAGGUUCACUCCCCCAUAGCAGAAGUCAGUCAAUUGAGCCAUCUUCUCUGCCCCUAAAGCAGGGCUUUGGUGGCCUCAACACUUCCAGCAGGACCCGUCCAGUCUGGUUCCGGGGUGCUCUGGCCAGCAAGGAAGUUGCCUCACUGAGGCCAGCCAGUGCAGGGAGCUCUGGCCUGCCCCAAUCAGAAACAACCUUGUCCUGGAGGUGCCAAGGCCAGGCCGGGUUCCCCAGAGCCUUGACAAUGAACCUUGACUUCAGGCUGUGACACCAGGUCUGGCAGCAGCAAACACAUUUCUGGGGGAAGAGGCCUGCGUUUCAGGUUUCAAUUCUGGAUCGAGGAGUUUUUAUAUUAUAAAGGAGUCAGGUGUAGUGGUGGUAAACACCUGUAGACUACUAGCUGGGAGGCUGAGGCCGGAGAAACCUAAGUUCCAGAGCAGCCCGGGCAGCUUAGUGAAAUUGUCUUAAAAGCUAAAAAGGGCCAGGGCUGUUGGCUCAGUAGUAGUGUCCCAGAGCUCAGUCCCCAGCACAGAAAGAUCAUCAUGGAGCCCACUGUACAGGCACCAUCGCCUGCGUCCUGAGGUCUGGGCAGGUGGCUGCCCUUACCCAGCCUUUGGGGAGAACUGGGUGCAGUGAGCCCCACCUUCACGUGGCCAAGGAGUCGGCCAGGCAUGGCCGGUGAGGCCCUUCAGCUGUGCCGCAGCCUCUCUGCCCUGGACAGCUGGGCGACCAGUGCAGAGCAGCUGCCGAGCCACGUGGGCUCCUCGGCCCCCGGCCUGGAGACAAGGGUGUCCCCAGGGAAUUUCUGCCCAGCCAUUUAGUGUUCUGAUGACUUAAGUUCCGAACUUCAGUUUCCUCAUCUGAAAAACAAGGAAGCUGGGCCACAGCCAUGUCCAUCUGUAAUUCC